CGGGGCGGCGGAAAUGGCGGCUCCGUUGCUAUAGAGACGCCCGCUUGGCUCCGCCUCGUCCGAGUCCUGCGCAGCGCUCUUCUCCGGGCCUGUGGCGCAGGCGCAGAGCGGCGCGGCGGAGGGCCGCUUCCCUCCCCCGCCCGGAGCGGCGCUUAAAGGGGAAGUGGCCCCUUUCCCGCGGCCGGCCUCCUCCUGCUCCUGCUCCUCCGUCCGCCCGCCCGGCUCUCCUAUGGCCUGGCCCGGGGCGCGGAGGGCGAGAGUGGCAGUCGGGGCCGGGGGGCCAUGGCUGCUCCCGGGGCGUCGCGCUUCCUCUACGAGCUGCCCGCCGCCGUCAUGUGCAAGUUCCACGAAGUCAUGGACGCGCUGGGGAGAGCCGAGUGGGAGCGCUUCGGUGAGCGGGCGGGUGGGCGGGCGGGCGGGGGAGGGAGACGGGCCCCUCGGCCUCCAGGCGGACUGGCUGCCCGGCGGCGCCGCUUGCCGGCCUGACGGAGGGCUGUCGCUGCCGCCGCCCCCGCGAGAGGGAGCCUCCCUGGUCCGCGGGCGGAGAAGGUGGGCUGCCCCGGGGGAAAUGCUUGCCGGUCGAGAGGCGCUUGUCGUUGCUGCUGCUGUUGUUUAUUCAGCUACUUAUUACACUUCUGCACUGCCCUUAGUCUGAUCGAACCCAGCGCCGUUUGUGUUGAGAUCCCUGAAUGGCAGUGGGUUGAACUAGAUGACCCUCGGGGUCUCUGCCGACUGUGAAAUUCGGCCUGCCGCCAGGCAUCGGAGAACAGGCAGCUCAAAAGGGCUCUUGCUCUUGCUUUGCACAAACUGAAGAUCAAAGGUUAGAGGUCCUGGGGGAAAUCUGGCCUCCAGGUGGCAAAUCCACCCCAGGACAAAAGGGAUGUGUGGAAGAAGCAGCUGCUGUGGCCGUGGGACUUUCUGGCAGCCCAUUUUGAGAUGUUGAAGGUGACUGGCCUAUCAUCCUCCAACCCCUCUUCAAAGUAGAAAAUAAUUUGCUGGUGAUCUGCACAAAACCUUCUCUACAGCUGGAAGCUCUCUGUUUCGCAGGGCAGAAAUUGCUCUGGAUCAGUUCAUGCAGGGAUCAAGUUUGCAGUCCAUGCCAGCACUGAUGGCGGUAGGAGGAUGGAGGGAGCUGUUGAGGUGCAGGGAGGAUCUUGUGUAAGGUUAGAAGUUCAUCUCCACCUUCACCAGCGAGGAGUACAAAAAGCAGCUGCUUGAGAAGCUACUGACUGGGAAGGUGGAUCUGGUUUGGCAUAGCAAGGGGUCCCAGGAUGGAAGAAGUCUUUGGCUAGAAUGGCUACAAGCAAACACCAGAGUCUUCACUUAAGCGUGUGCUGCCUGCACCCACCACCCCACCCCUGCACCGGCCCAGCUCAAAAAAAGUUUUGAAAUGAAAUUACUGAAGGGCAGCUGUGUUAUCGGGGUCAGCCCAUUGUGUUUUGGUGGCUAAAGGAGAUCCAAGCGAGGCAGACGUGCCUGCAUCCUCGGUUAAUGAAGCGCUCUUGUGCAGCUCCUCCUGUCUUCUUUAGUUGGGCUUCCCCAGGAGGCUAUCCCAGUGGGGAGUCUCUCAUGGGUCAGAUUUGCCUGCUCCCCAUGAUGCCUUUAAUAGCACUCCAAAUGUGCCAUUUGAAUCGGCUGCCUCAACUUGCCUUUUUGUAUUAAGGCUCUGUUCGCAUAUUGGCUGUAAAAAACAACACAGUGCUGUGGGUGGCCCCUUUAUAGGCUACUGACUGAGGCCCAAACUUGUGGGCAGCAACCUGCUUCUCUGGGUGCAUGCACUUCAAGUGGGUUGAAAAAAAUCAUAGCAUAGCUGGUUUGGCAUUAUGUGGGAGAGCUGCUAAUAUUAUUGAUGAUAAUAAUUGCCAGCUUUCUAGGUAUUUUUUCAUAACAGAACCAAAUGUGACUUUUCACAGGAAACUGCUUAAAAACAACCACCCUUUGAGGCCAGGCAUAUUCCCUGGCAUAUUUGCAGCCCUUUGGCAUGUGGGCUGAAGCAUCCCUUGAAUGAACCAGGGUUUCCAUGUGGUGACUGUCCAGGCCACCACCGUUAUUUGCGGGAUCUCAACUGCAGAGGCAGGCAUUAGAAUUAUAGAAUUGUAACGUUGGAAGGGAAUGAAGAGUCAUCUAGUCCAACCCGCCUGCAAUGCAUCAACAACUCACCCCACCCUCCCUGUGGAAGUGCUGGUUCACACAACUGGUGUUUCUCCACAGGUUAUCACAUGGUUUUGAUGUUUUAAUGGUGCCGACCAGGGCUCUGUCUACAUUCACAUUGAAUGGAGGUGAGGGUGUGGCCUUCACCUAGAUGCUGAGAUGAUACCUGACUCAGAAGCCUCUUUGGUUUCUGUUUAAAAGCUUUGAACAAUAUAACCUUAAACUUCUUGUAACUCAGCUAAGCUGUAGGGUAAAAAUGUGAUGAAAUCUUUUUCUAUUCCUUCUUUUAUUAUCGCUCCCCCCCCAAUUCCAACUAUAAUCUCUCUCUGCCAUGGAAUCUUUAAUACUGAAACCAGUUUACAAUUGUCUGGGUGCUUUUGACCUUCAGUGCAGCCAGGGCUUUUUUUCAGCUGGAACGCUCUGGAUCUCAGUUCUGGCACCUCUCAGGCGGUGUCAUUGCCAUUCUAAGAGAACAAGGGAGGUGUUCAUGGUGAGUUCCAGCACCUCUUUUUCCAGAAAAAUAGCACUGAGUGCAGCUGAAAUAGUGACCACAGACAUGGGAGCUGAGGUAAAUGUGGUAUAGCUUCCAGUUUCAGGCUGGACACUUCCUUACUGUUUGGACGCCUCCUGGGAAUAAGAGUAUUUCUUCUUACUGUUUGGAAAAUUUGCUUGACAAAAUGGUGGUGGCAACCAAUAUAAAUGUAGAAAAUGGGUGUGGGAGAGCAGAACCACAUCUGAAAUGGAUUUGGCUCUUCUACAUGGCCUACUGUGAUUGGGGUAGCCUUGGUCAAACCUGAUUACUCAGAGCCCUUGGUCAGUCUGCAAUCUGCAAAACCAGCAGUAUCCAGCACAUCCCAACUUUAUAGCCAAAACAGGAGCAGGUAAAUAGGUUGUGAGAGAGACCUCUGCAUGAGCCCAAUAGAUUGCUGCUGAAAGUCAAAUGAUUCUGUGCCCCAUAGUCUGACCCUUUCCAUAAAGCAACUUCCUGUGCUGUUGAUACCUGGGGUGGGGGUGGGGAAAGAAAAGGCAUUUCCCCUAAAGAUAAACUGCUCAUAAGGGAAUUGGGGGUGGGCUUGAGGCUAAAUUUUCAAAGCUCCUGAGAUUGGAUUUAGUCGUGUUGCCUAUCCUUAUCUUGAAUCAAAAGGCAGUAUUCAGGUAUAGAUGUCUUAAGAGUAUAGGUUUGAGGAGUUGCUCAUAACAGGGAAAGAAGGUUAAGUGGAUGCAAAAUCUGAGUUGAAAUCUGUUGAAAUCUGAGUAGAACAGAAUUGUAAUAUAGCACAUGGAUAAUAAGCUUGUUCUCAUGGCAGAAAAUAUUGGGAUUGCCUCCUGACAGCAGAUACUUCUGCCAUAACUGGCCUUUCUUCCUUGCUCUCUUGUACCUCAGCUUCCAGGAUUGUACGAGAUCAGGUGGAGCUGCGCCUGUAUGAGAAGAUGGAUGGGCGGACGCAGCAUCUUAUGUGGGCCUGGAUGAAUCGCAAUGCCUCUGUCGGUGACUUACUGCAGAUCCUUGAUGACUUGGAGCUUUAUCUGCCACGGGAUGUCAUCACUUCAUGUGAGCCCACCAUGAGCCUUCCCUGCCUUCCCUCUUCUAGUUCAGUUUAUUGGUUGGUAUAUCUGGAGCAAUUAAAGCCACGAGAACAAGCAACACUUUUUCAGCCUGUUUACUAUGAAGGAAGGGGGUGGAACGUCCCUUCUUCUUUCCCCCCGCCCCCAUCCACCCCUUCUGUAGUGCCUGCAGCCCCAGUCCCAGAAUCCUGCUGUUUACAUUCUCAGGUCAUGGCUGUUCUUGCUUAUCAAACUCCUUUCCAUCAUGACACCUAGCAAUUGCCCUGCAUGUUUAGAAUUUUUUUAAAGGAAUUGUUCUUACCCAGGUGCCUUUGGAUGGGCAUUUAAAACUUUUUAAGGCCCAAAUACUUGUCUAAAAGGCUCAAAAUUAAAUAUCUUGUUUCUCCUGCUACAUUUGUUGUGCAAGUGUGUGUUAUGACUUUGCUGUAUCCUGCUUAGAGACCGUUUUGUUGAAAAGUGGAUUAUAAAACUUUUGCAAUUAUUAGUUGCUUUUCUAAAAAGGAACUGUAUACAAAGCAACUUAUAAAGUGCAACAUAAACUAGGCUAAAAACUUGAAAUAUUGCUCUUUGAAGUGUAAAGAGUGAAAUGUGAAAAGUCCUAUUUUUUUUUUUAAAAAACCAGAAAAUCCCAACAGCCAAUAGUUGGUAAAUCUUGUAAGAAAUAAUAGGGUUCCACCUACUGGUGAAAGGAGGUACAUGGUUUUAUUUCCUACAGAACUUUUGGGGCAGAAGGGCAUUUUGUAAGGUGGAUGCUGCUGCAGUAAAAGCCCCACUUGGAGGCUUUUAUAGGUCUUGGUUCAUCAUCAUACAGCUUUUGAAGUGCUACAUUUUUUAAAAUACAAAAAGAUAUAGAAAAGUAAUGCAAAUAAAAAACAAAAACCACUACCAAAAAUACUAAUAGAAUUAAUAGAGUAUGGAGUCCUCCCUUACCACCCACAGAAGGUAGUAGGGUCCUCCAUCAACCAUCCACCACCACCAUGAGUAAACAAUCCCUGGAGCUUAAUAAAGACUCUGAGUAGAGGAUGCCAAAUAAAGAGAGAAGCAAACAAAGAAGAGACACAGCUUUUGAAGUGCUACAUUUUGAAAAUCUGUCCUGCAACAUCUUUGGGAUACAGGGCACCAGUUGCCAUUUGAAGCUGAGAGUGUGUGAUUUGCCAGGGGUCACCAGAAUACCUGUACCUGGGCUGGGUUUAGUUUAGACUUCCAGGUCCAGCGUCCUAGCCAAUGGUUAACAUCCACGUCUUUAAACAUGGCUUUUGCCUUAGCCUUUGCGUGGAUAAGUCUGGGAGGUUUUCUAAGUGGUGACUGAUGCUAACCUGCAACUCCCAUUACCCAAACCAUUGACCAGGGGUGUGUUGUCAAUAUUUGUCAAGAUGUUCCUGCAUUGAUUGCUUGUGUGUUGAUAUUAAUCCUGCCUGCUGCAGGACACUUUUCUCUUCCCACUACUGCACGAGUGCUGGGACAUGAGGAGGCAGACAGGACACUCAGGCUGAGAAAUCCAAGGAAGGCAAUGUGGUGACAGCUCCUGUUUUUGGAGGCUGUCUAACAUCUUUUCUCACUUCUUCUUUUUCUAGGGCAUCCGCCACCACAACCUGCGAAGCCCAGUGCAUUGUCUUCUCAUUUUCCAUAUGUCUCCCCUGAGCCACCGCCUUCCCUACCUGAGCCCCCACGUGCUGCGCCUGCCCCAGAUCCUGGUAGCCACGGCAGCAGCAGGGCCAGGGAACCGAUUUGGGAGCCCCACAAACAAGCUUCCUCACCUGCACCAGGUAAAAAUGCAUGCCAUGGCUAGGGGAAGCCUUUAUUGAGGAUAGUAAAGGUGUAUAAUCUGCUUUUCUCCUCUGAUGCAGGCAUCUUCAACCUUUUCAGACCCAGGCCCCACUUUUAACCUAAACAUGCAUUUCUUAAUCUUUCACAAUAUACUUGUAUGGUGGCAGUGCUCCUGUUGUGACCCACCUUGGAUCAGGCUGUGACCCACUGGCGGGUCCUGGCCCACCAGUUGAAGUCCAGGGCUCUAGUGGAAAUGCUUAAUGACCUCCUCCCCACCCCUGUGGUCUGAAAUGCUGACUGUGUUCCAGACUGCAAGUAAGUGGUAGCCAAUAUGGUUUCCUCCGGAUGUUGUCCCACCACCCCUGACUUUGCACCAUGCUGGCUGAGACUGAUGGGACGUGGGCUGCAGCUCCCAUCUGGAGGGUAGUGCAUUAGUUGCCUCUGAUUUAAAGCCUCUCCUUUCCCAGCAUAGCAUCUCAUUAUGGGACUUCUGGGCAAUGAAAGGGGGUGGGGCAUAUUGGAAAUGGUUUGUGCUUUUUUAAUUUCCUUGCCAGAACUGUGUGCAUUCUGCAGUUCUGUGAUGAUGCUUUCCAAGAGCUUCUCAUGUCAUUUGAACCUACAUAUGUUUCUAGCCUUUAAAGUAACGACUCUGGGUGUGAGAGUGUGGCUGAUGAAAUGCUGUGUGGAAGGGGUGGGGUAGGCUGAGUAGGAGUCCUGUUUUGUGGGGUGGAGGGUGUAUCUCUUGGCUCCUUCCUUGGCCAUCAAAAGCAAGAUUACGCAGAAAGGAAAAUAAUGUGCACGCAUGCUUAAUAUGCACAAUUUAUGUAGGCUGCAGAAUUUGGCUUUCUUGGUGUACACUCUCUUUUACAAGAGAGCACAUGUAUCCCCACUGCUGGGGUUGGGCUAUUCAGAACAGCGUCAAGUUCAAUUCCCUGCUCUCAGUUGGGAAUCCCUAGAGGAGAAAAAGGGACUUCAGGUUCUAGCAAUGUAUGAGAAGCGAUGAAAUUCCCUUUCCAUGGUUCUUGACGUUAUACUUUGCAUUGCAGUAGAAGGGGGCUCCUGCUUUGUAGUUUACAGGGGUGGGGGAAAUUGGGCCUUUAGCCUUUUAUCCUGGGGGUUUUACAGCCCUGUGAUUAUUCUUGCUGCUCAUUUUUGUACUUUUUCUCAUUUAGUAAGAUUUUCUUCUUGAAAUAGGCAAGCCAGAACUAUGCAAAAUAUGAAAACUCCCCUGUCUAGGAGUCAUCUAUGGCACUAUAGAGAAGGAUCUUCAAUUUUGUAGUGCCACAAUUAUGCUGGAGGGGAGGAAGAGUCUGUAGUAAUGCUGGGUCACACCCACCCUCCUCACCUGUCCUACAAUCCAGCGGGACCCGGCUAAGAGAGGGAAGGUGGUGCCACAGCAUUUACUUUUCAGGACAAAACACAACAGGAGGGGUAGUUGCUGCCACCACUCCCUUGUCCGGGGAUAGCCCAGAAGAUUAACCCAAGGGCGAAGGUUACUCUUCCUUGUUGCCAGCUGCCCCACCCUGCAUUGCUUUACCACAAAUUGCAGGCAGAAAUUCAACAGGUUCAGUAGGAGGCUAAGUGGUCAGACUUUGGAUUCAGACUUUCCCCCAGAAAGGCACACAGAACAAAAUAGGAAAAGCCUUUUUAAAAAUUUAUUUAAAAAACAAGAUUAAACAUACUUAAAAGUAGGCACAUCUCUUACAGUAGUUUCAGACAGGAAAAUAAAAACAUUGUAAAGCAUCGCUAGCUAAAUGUACUUACAAAAUGAGAACACAAGAAAAGUUAAGGCAGUUAAGGCUGAAUCUGCAUCUCAGGAAGACAAUAGGAAUUCUUCAUCACAAAGAACAUGCAUAUGAAUGUAGCAAGGCGACUGUCAGCAUGGUGGUACGCCUGACAGAAGGGCGGAUGCGCUGCGGGUUUCAUUCCUAAGGUUUUUAACCUUAGGACCCCACGUGUAAGAGGACCCCCAAUCAGAAUUUCUGAUUAAUUAAAAAUUUACCAAUGGUCAACUAGUUGGGUAAUAACUCAGCUUGUGACAGCUGAAGCUCGUUUGUUCUCAAGACCUUGGGAUCAAAGGGUUCCUCCCAAAUUCUCAAAGUUGAUGGCUCAUUCACACACAGGCAGCAUCUUAGAUACCAGGUGUUAAAACACCACUACCGUAUUUUUUUGCACCAUAACACUCACUUUUUUCCUCCUAGAAAGUAAGGGGAAAUGUCUGUGCAUGUUAUGGAGCGAAUGCCUGUGGGUGGCGGGGGGAAUCUGCUGCAGUCGUGAGCAGAGGAUCCAUAGUUCCCCUUCCUUCCCUCCUCCGUGGUUACAAAGCAUGGAUCCUCAGGAUUUUUGCAUUGGGCUACUCCAAACUCACUGUCAGAUCACAUGUCUGUGGCCACAGCAUGAACCACAAAAAUCAUAUAUCCACUAUUUCGUUUAGAAUAUUUUUUUUCUUGUUUUCCUCCUCUAAAAACUAUGUGCGUGUUAUGGUCUGGUGCGUGUUAUAGAGCGAAAAAUACGGUAAUCAACUGGAAGUUUUCCUUCCUGCAGAUGCAUGAGAUAACGUAUUCACACUCCCAGAGCUAGUUAGUCUACAGUUUAAAGCAACAAGGACACAUUUCCCAUAAAUCCUUUGGCCUUUGGUUCUCCCACAAUGCUUCUCUCAGCUUGACCAAAGUUUGGCUAACAAAAAACUCCUAACUUCACUACAGGGUCAAAGUGGAAAUUUAAAAUUUUCCUCAGCCCUUCAGCUUGAUCUCUCCAUACGUCACAUCAAACAAAGGGGUCACUUGAUGUCCUGAGUAUUAUUGUAAGCCAUCUGUAGUGUUUUUACUGGAAGGGGAAGUGAAAACAUAUUCAAAAUACUACUUUCCUUCAAAUCAAACUCAUAGGUCCUGGCGGGAACAAAACUGGAGAGUUCAGAUAGAAGAAUAAGAUUGGAUAAGCACUGGUCCAAGGUGCAAUAUGGACCUCUUUCAGCUCAAAUCAAUGAACUCCCCCUGGAAAAUAGUAUGUUGCUGGUGCACAACACCACAAUUAGUUUCUUUUGUACACAGGGCAGCUUCCCCCUUAUGUUGGAGGGGGUGCCAGGAUACUGGAACCUACUGGGAUAUGUGGUGGGCCUUCCCCAAGGAAAAGAGUUCUGGAUAAAAGUAUUUUCUGAGAUCUCAUUCAUAAGCAGACCAUUUUUUCCUCCCCUUUUUUUGACUCUUAAAUUUGUUUGUAGAUUCGGAUCAAGACCUGAAUAUCAAGAAACUGAUUUUGCUUAAGUGCCAAGUUUUAGAAGACUUUGAUUUCAAUAAUCUGGAUUAUUGGUAUUCCAAGCCUUCUUGAAAAUGUCCCAUCAUCAUUAUAAUUAUUAUUAUUAUUUCAUAAGUUAAAAGUUUUCAGGGCCAAAAGUGCUCAAUUAUGCCAUGGGGCAUAAUCCACUGAGAAUUUUUUCUAUGUAGCUGCAGAAUAGAACAGGGACUAUGGGAAAAGCAUCUUUUCAGAGGAGGCCAGUGGUAUGCCAUUUGGAUUUGUUUAGGUUGAAGCACCAAAAUGCUCCAUGCUGACCCUGUUGGGAGCCAGAAAAAAUGGAACGGUUAUUUUUGCAAGCUGUGUAUGAAUGUGGUGCAGAGUUAGGGUAGUGAGUUGGUCUUUUGAGAUUGAUAGGGGAGAUAAUUAUUUCCGUGCCCUAUUUUUAAAGGUAUACAGGACCCACUUGGAUACGUGGGUCUCUGUGAACCAUGUGCUAAAGGAAAAUUCAAAUUCUAUGCCAAGACUGCCCAAAAUUAUGCACCGAGGAAAGCUGAGUUCUGCAUCUGGAAUAAACUGUGUGCAUUUUGCCUCUCUCCCUCCAGUGCUGCUUCUGCCAGUCACAGGAAACACCAAGGACCACACACAAAGGGCGUUGAAGGCACUGGAGAUUCUGGGUGCAUCCACACAUAAACUAGCUAUUGAAAUUUCAUCAAGCAUUGCCUGCACACUUUUCAAGUCUUCCUUGUAUGUUGUGAAGGCUAGAAACGUAAUUUUAAAAUGAAAGUAGAGGUUCUUGGGAUGUUGAAUUCUGCGCCCACCCAGUUGCCUGUCACUUCCUUCUGCAGGCUCUGUGCCAUCUAGAGCAGUCGAGAUGUCUGUCGGAACCCGCAGCUCUGUCACUAAUUUCAGUUUAUUCAGGUGGUAGAAUUUCCUUUCAUGUAACUUCUUAAGCAGUGCUGAAGAAAAGUGGUGAUUCUCCCAGUCUUUCCUGUAUCUCCCGCAGCUUUUCAAAACGUUCUGUGUUUCCCCCUCUUGCUUCCACCACCUUCAGCAGACAUCAUUGAGGGGGCUGGAAAUUGGAGGAGGUCCCAUUUUUGUACCCCAGCUAUAACGGCAUUCAUUCCCACUUCUUCCCCAUGCAAACAGAGCCCUCCGGUCCUCCGCUGUCUCUGCCAGGCCCCCCUCCCAGCAGCCACCUUAACAGUGUCGGCCAGAGAAACCCACCUUUGCCUCCCACCCGCCUUGAUGAACAGGUAUGGACCUAAUUCUGCUGCUGCCUGAUGGAACAGUUGGGCUCUGACUGUAUAUGUGGUGGUGGUGGGGUGUAUGUGGGAAUUCGAUGUGCAGGAAAACAUAAGGAAAGCGGCCUGGUGACCAGGGUGGUGUAGGCUGGGCUACUGAAUGAUGGAACUAAGUAUCUAGCUCUUGAGAAUCUCAGCCUCAUGGUUUGCAACACGCUUAUUCUUUUACAUGUAAAAGCAGGUAGUGUCUGUCACAGUUAUGGGGCUGCCUGGGCUCCUUUGGAAAGUCAAGAUUCAAAUUCAAUAAAUAAGUACCUGUUUCUUCCUCAGUCAUAUUUUUGUACUGCUUAGUUCCCCAUUGUGUACCUGCCGUCCCUCCUGCCAUUUUUGGAUGGUGGCUUUUUCUUUCCCCUUACUGUUUAAGCCAUCUUCUGAUCCCCCUCAUGUUUGUACUCUGCACCCUUCCUUUCUCUUUCUGCAUCCUUUCAGCAUUAUCACUUCUGGGCUGAUGCCGGAUAAUUGCUUCUCUCCAGCAACUCGCUGCCAGCAACAAGACCUCAAGGAGCUGGAAUCUGAUGCCCUCCUUCCAUGCAGUUAGUGGAACUCGACUGUCUUGAGGAGCACAUGUUGAGGAUGCUGCCCUUUUCAAGCUCAUUCCUCUCUGUCUUCCCAAUUCCAGAGCCUUGACUCUCUGUCCCCUGCCUGCCCCUUUGAGUGGCAGCUGAAGGAGCUGCGCGAAGCCACAGGAGACUUCUCAGAGACCCUGAAAAUUGGAGAAGGUGGCUUUGGCUGCGUCUACCAAGCCCGACUGCGCAACACUGUCUAUGCUGUCAAACGGCUCAAAGAGGUAUAACCAAAGAGUACUGGGCUGGGGGCCUGACCAUUUUACUUUGCAUUCCCCUCCACCAUCCUGGUAUCCUGGUGUUUUGAACUCCCAUGACUCCUGUCCACACUGGAUGGGGUGGAUGGAAGUUGUAGCCCAACAGCAUAUGGAGGACACCAGGUUGGGAGGGGCUGCCUUCCACAGCCUUCCUGCCUCUCUUCCAUCUGGUCCAUGGAAGGAUGAAUCAGUUAGCGUUCGCUUUGCUCAUGUAAGGUCUCAGCUCAGAUUCCCAGCAUUUCUGACUGAAGGGCCUUCUAGCAGCUUGAGUCUUUGGCGUGCCCUGGCAGCAGAGCUUGUGGGACCCUUGGGGUGACUCCUCAUCUCCUUGUGUCUCUCCAGUGUCCUUUGUGCUUGGCUGUGGGGGGUUGGAAGGGAGCCACCUCAGUCCUCUUUCAUUCCCACCCCACAAGUGUGGCCUUGCCAGUUCUUCUGAAGGAAGGUGUGCUCCUAGUGGUGAUACUGAUCAUCUUUAUCUAUUCUCACCCCCCCCCCCCAUCUGACUGACAGGAAGCAGAAUUGGAUUGGACUGUAAUAAAGAACAGCUUUGUCACAGAGGUGGAAAAACUUUCCCGGUGAGACCUGAAAACUAUGAAUUGGAAGGUUAUUGGGUGGGGUUUCAGGAACAGGGAUUGUGCAUGAGGCUUGCUGUUUGUUUGUUUUUUAAAAACUGUGGUGGGACAUAGGGAGGCGCUUGAGCUGCUUCUGCUUAACGCUGCCCCUUGUGUAUCCCAGGUUCCGCCAUCCCAACAUUGUGGAGUUUGCUGGUUACUGUGCUGAGCAGGGGCAUUUCUGCCUUGUCUACGUCUUCCUACCUCAGGGCUCCUUGGAGGACCACUUGCGUAGACAGGUACUCACCUGAACUUCUAUUCUUCUUCUCAAUACUUUUAUCCAGGGGUUCUUCAGAAGGUGGCACCAAAGACUGUUUGAUUUGCUGAUUUGAUUUUUGUUUUUCAGAGAGGUCCCUGCCUCUCCUGGGCCCAGCGGCUGCAUAUAGCAGUGGGCACUGCCAGAGCCAUUCAAUUCCUGCACAGCGAUUCUCCUAGCCUUAUUCAUGGUGAUGUCAAGAGGUGAGAGAGGAGGAGAGCUUCUCUCCCAGGCUGCGAACAGAUGAAAACGGGGCAUGAUGUUAAACCAAACUGGAGGAUUGUUGCUUUGUGCAUGAGAAGGAAGAGUUCUGCUUUUCACAUCUUCUGCUUUGACUUGGGGAGGAGGGAAUCAUCACAAGACGUGUGUUGGCACAUGUGCUGCGAUUCCACAAGGAAAUUCAUUGCAGAACUUUGCUUUCUAAAAACCCCAUAUUUUUUAUUUAUUUUUUGAAAAGUGUGAGCCAAGUCUGCUGAAAUGGAAGCAGCCAGAAGGGUCUGUGUAUGAGAUUUCCCAAUGGUGGGGUUUGGGUGCUCUGCUUCACCAGUUGUCCCUCUCUAUGAUUAACAAAGCCAGAAUAAAUUACUCAGAGAAAUUAGGCAAUUUACUAAAUCUGCAUAAUUCAAGCAGGUUGCAGAAUUUGGGUUGCCUGAGUGCAGAAUUCCAGUUUUCUUGUUCUUAGCAUAUAAAAGUGUAUUAAAAACUCUGGACACAUCCUUUGCAAAGGAUAGGUCUGUUAUUGAAUGGGAAAGGCACUAAGUAGAAAUUAUUCCAUAUCGGUAGUGCUGUUGUGUGCUAUUGUGAUGGGCCUUUAAUAAUUAGCAGGGUGCAGACAGUAGAAGCAGGUCAGGGUCAUUUCGACGGGUAGAAUAGCCAAGCUUCUGAAAUCUGUAGCUUUUGUAAUCCAAAACAAUCUGCUCACCAUCCACAAAUCUUCAUGCUUUUCCCAACACACUGCGGUUUCCUGUCUUCAGCAAGCACAAGAGAACUCUGCUGUUUUUUGGAACAUACCUGCCCCAGUAAAAAAACCCCAAAAGCUAUAUCUCUUAAAGUUCUAUUUUUUGGGUGUGUGUGGAAAUGUUACAAAUCUCCAUUAAAAGCAGAGUUGGGGCUAUGAUUCCAGAAAAAGCACAGAAUGUGAUACUGAGCCCAGAAUUCAGCUUUCCAGAGAUCUCAUUUUUUGUUUUUCAUAAAGCAAGCUUCUGUUCCUUUUAGGAUUGUAAAUAUACACUUAAAGGUGUGUUUGCAGUGCCUGGUGAAAUCUUAGUAGCCAGAGGAGUUGCUGGAUUAAAGUAUAAGUGGUCAGAGAGCAGGACUUUGGUGCUUUGUCUUAGCCCUCAUCUUCUGGAUGAUUAACUGGAGCAGAAUGGGCAAUGCAAAAUAGGCUGAACUGGGAUUGAUUUCUUUUUUUCUGGGCUCACAACGUGGAUGACUGGAACAGAAUUCAUAGCAACAAGAUGAAGAACGUAUGCUGCUCAAAAUGUAAUUGGUACACACAGGAGAUUUUGAUGAGGCUUAUUUUGGAGAAUGGAAUGUGAGAGGCUGUGUAUAGUGGCUGGUUGUAAACCCUUUAUUUCUCCCUGCCACUUGCAGCUCUAACAUCUUGUUGGAUGCGGCACUCACCCCCCGACUGGCUGACUUUGGGUUGGCACGUUUUAGCCGCCGACCAAAGCAGGGAGGACUGAGCAGCUCUCUGGGCCGGACGCAGACUGUGCGGGGCACGCUGGCUUACCUGCCCCCUGAGUACGUCCGGACGGGGAUGCUUUCUACCGCUAUUGAUGUUUUCAGCUUUGGUGUGGUGAGUAACCUGGGGAGGGUAGAGGAGGGGCUUAGCAAAGACUGCACCAUGAAGACAGGACACUUUCCUUCCCGUCCAUUCUGUCUACUUCUAAAAUGAGAUUUUAUUAUUUAAAAAAUUGAUAUAUCACUUUUCAUUUAUAAAGGGAUUACUCUCAAAGCGCUCUCUCUCUCACACGCACACACACAGUUGUAGACUUGGGACCCAAGGGUCAUCUAGUCCAACCCCCUAAAGUGCAAGAGUAGAUCUCUCUCUCUCUCUCUCUCUCUCUCUCUCUCUCUCUCUCUCACACACACACACACACACACACACGUAUUUCAUCUAGGCCUGCAGCUUCUUUGCCUUUUGAGCACCCAUCCCAGGACUUCAGGAGUGUGGGGAGGUUGGCACAGGGAGAAUAUGAUGAGUUAGGAAAAUUCCCUCUUUUGGUGUGUUGGAAAGAAUAUGCUUUGUUUGGAAAGCUGUUCUUUCCAAGAAUUCAGUGCUAGGUGAAAAUUCUGGCCCUUUGAAGGCUUGUUAUCUUGCAGGAACACUUACAAGGACUUAACUGUCAUAGGAUGUGUUGGAGCUAUGCCCUUGUUCAUCUAUCUAGCUCAUUCAGAGACAGAAAGUACAAACUAGGAAUUGGCAACUUGGGGGAUGGGGUUGCCCCUUGACCACUUGAUCGUCUAACACACUCCAGCCCAGCAAGAGCGCAUCUUUUGGGGAAGACUCCUUCCCUGCUAUGCACUUUGCCUGUCCUGUGUGUGAGACAAGGCAAAAUGGAAGUGAGCUACUAAGGGGUGUGAAGGGGAGAACCCUGCCAGUGUCUCAGUGCCAUAACUAAAUCAGGCCAUGAACGUUUUUCUUUAAUUUGCAAAUAUCAAUUGGUAUGUUUUAAUAGUACCCCUUGACCUUUCCAAGGGUUACUAUAUUUACAUAUCAGACAAGGGAGUGUGUGUUGCUGAUUAUAUUUUAGGCUCGUCUUCAAAUGCAGCAUCACCAUUCAAGAGCCUUGACAGAGUCUGAGAUGGUGGGCCACUCCCAGGCUGAGAGAAGGCUGCAAUGGACCCACCAAAUUGAUUGUAAUAUCAGACAGAUGAUGACCACAGACAAACUUCAAAAGCUACAUCAGCAAACUCUAGAAAGGACUUGGAAUAUUUGUGCGCUACAUCAGGAUAUAACCAGGGAAUGUAGACCAUUUCUGAUUCCUACUUCCCACCCUAAAACAUCCAAGCGCAUGGAGUCGGUUUGAUAGGGACUGUAAGUCCAAGAAAAAAGAACAGUCCUAAUAAGACAAGUUCAGUUUGCCCGUUCAGGUGAGGCUAUUUCUCUUCUACAACAGCAAUGGCGAGAAUAUAAAACAUUGUUAAGGGAGGAAAAAAGGGUACAUUAUGAAAAUCUUUGGGCCUCGCUCCUAUUGAGAGGAACAAAUCCAAAUUUUGGAACCUAAUUCAAGGAGGCUCUGUGGAUAAGCUUUUUGAGUCUUUACUCACACCCCCAUAAUACCUGAAAUUUGAGUUGCCCAUUCUAGUGCCAUUUUUGGAAGUAAAAUGAAUAUAAACCCUCCAAGACAGAGAACCCUUUAACUCUCCCUAACUGGCUUGGGAAAGCACCAGGAGAUGUUUCCUCCGGCGGUUUUCUCUUUGAACGUAAAUUGCUGCUCUCCAAUUUUGGCAAAACUAUUUACAUGCCUAAACACGACUGGCAGCAUCUCUUUAGGGUGGCUGGUGUACCAGUAUAGUCCUUCCCAUUUUCAAGAAAGGAGACCUUUCAGACCCUCACAACUAUGAGACUGCUAGAUGUGGCCUCCAAAUUAUAAUCAGGUUAUUUAUUAAAUAAAAUCCAAGAAUGGGACAGUAAUCAAGCCAUCAUUCAUGAUGAACAAGCAGGAUUUAGGAAGGGUAGAUCAAGUUUAUGUAUUGUAUAAGCUAAUUUGUAAAUUUAUCAAAAGUCCAUAUAAGACCCUCUAUGCAGCUUUUAAAUCCUGCCCUCAAUAUCUGUGUGUCAAAGAAUACUGCACCAAUGCUUUAUAGGGCUGAAAUUUGAUGAACUGGUGUCAAAUCUGAACGAGAAGUCCUACAAAAGAAAUUUAUGAGGCAGGUAUUGGGGCUUCCUCCUGGGACUCUGUUGGCUCAUCCGAGAGCUGAGUUGGGUCUCCCCUCAAUAGCGGCCAGAAUUGAUCUAGCCUAUCUUAGCUACUGGCAUAGACUUUGAGGACCAUAUUCUCACCAAGCUCAGCUGGUUGGAGCAGCUAAGGACAGGAGGUUGGGUACAAAAGUGUCAAGACAAGCUUAGGGCUUGAAAUCUCCAAGCGGGGAAAUAUUUAUCCCUUAGCGAACUUAGAAAUUGGAUAUUUGACCAUGACUCCAAGCAAGCCAGAGCAUUCACAAUCGCUGCCUGUUAUUCUGUUUGGGACCCUCAAAUUAAGGACAACCAUUCAAGGCCUCACUACCUUCCCCACAAUUGCAUAGGGCCUUUGUUGAGCUUCGGUUUCAGCAGAUGCCCUCAGCAUCCUUAGAGGGGAGAUACCUUGGAAUUCCUCAGAUGGCAUGGAAACGCAUUUAUGGAUGUAAUCAGGUCGAGGAUGUCUUCACCAUUUGUUGAUUUGCCCCUUAUAGACAGUGCUCAUAACAUUUUUAAUACUCUAUUCUUUAUUGGUACUCUGAUAGAUCCCCCCCAGGAAGUGAUAGUUGAACUCUUAGCUGAUAAAUAUCUACAAAUUACACAUCUGGUAACCAAAUUUGCCCUGGCAGCUAAGAAGCUUUAUUCCAGUUAUGCUAAUGCAUUGUAAUUUUAAAUUUUAUGCUGCAGACUUUUAUGCUGUAGAGCUUUAUAGAUUUGCAUUGUGUGGUUUUAGAGGAAUGCCUUGCUUUUGCCCUCUGUCGUUCAUUGUGAAGGCCUUAGACUAUACAGGCAGUGACUAUUUUGUGUGGGGAUUCUGUUCCUGGCCCCCACAUGCAUCAGAGGCGUGUGCAUAAGCUUGUUCCACUUCCAUUCUGCCCUCUUCUGGGUGCAAAAGGACCCACGCAUCAGUGGCCGCGCUUCCAUUGGACACGCACAAAAUUGUCGCUGGCUGUAUACAGUAAAUUGAAUUGAUUGACCAUGUCUCAGUUGCCUGCUCAUAAUACUGGGGAGGAUGGCGGGGGGGGGGGCUUGAGGGGGUCAGGUCAGUGUGCAGAGUUGAUGCUACUGGCCCUGCAGCCCAGCCCAUGUUGACAACAAGCUGCUGGCUUUCAAUUUUAAUACACAAAUUGAGCAUUGGAAGUGAGCCCAAGGGAUGCGAUCCUCAGAGUGCCUGAUCCUGUCUGGUUGGCUAAGCUAGAAUGUGGGGAAAGAAGGGAAACCCCCACCCCCGUUUCUCUUUCCCUUCCUUGCUAUGCAUUCCGGUUUAUUUUAAGUGCAGCUCCUUUUCCUCCCACCAACCCACCCCUACCAGGUCCUGUUGGAAAUCUUGACGGGGAGACGAUCUAUGGAGCUGGAUUCACGUGGACACAGCAAGUACUUGGUGAGAAAUUAUUCUCUUUAUUAAUGUGCAGCUUGUUUUCCUUCUGACACCGAACAGUCAGUGUUGAUGCUGGUCCCUCCUUGCUGGCUUUCCCACCUCCUCUUUUUCCAACGGAUUAUCCCUCUCUCUGCCUUCAGAAAGAUCUUCUGAAGGAGGAGGAAGAGGAGCAGGAAGCCCAGCUGUCCUCGGCCACAGCUUCUUCCAGCCUGUCCCAAGUUGCUCAGCUUGGCACUCAUCUAUACCAGAAGCACGCAGACCCGCGGGCCGGGCCCUGUCCAGAGCAACUGGGCACAGCACUGGGCAGCCUGGCUUGCCGGUGCCUCCACCCAAGGGCCAAGCACCGGCCCCCAAUGACAGAGGUAGGUGGCAUGAAGGGGGGAGCUGGAGCAUUUGGGUCAAGGAUGGGGAACCUGUGGCCCUCUGGUUGUUGCUGGACCACAGAUCCCAGGAAUGAUAGAAGUCGUCCACCAACAACGGGAGAGCCAAAUGUUCCCCAGCCCUGAUAUAGGCCUUUUCUCUGGGAGCUCCAGUAAACUAAGCUGGGUUUGGCUUGGACAAAUCCCUGCCUUGGACCCACCUGUGAAAUAGGAAAAAGAAGUGGGACACCAGGGUAAAUCUGUGAUUCUGGUUUUGUGUGUUUUUGCGUUUCACUUCCAAGUUCAUUCCCCAUUCAGGUUCACAUUACUCUUGCAUACUAUUUGCUAUUCUGUCUCUGUAGUGUUUGGUUUUAUAUAAACGCACACACAGAUGACACAACAUUUACAUACUGUUGGUCCACUGCUUCCUUUUUUUCUAAACCCCAUCUUUCCAUACAGCUUUUAUGCUCAUUUUUAAAACCUUCUUAGCAGUUGGGAUGUUUUUCAACAGUCCAUAACAGAGGAGCCAUUCAUUAGAAAGGACUUAAGUCAAGCAGUUGGAGCCAGAUCUCUUACAGCCAAGAGCUAUAUAAGCAUCAAAGAUUGCAGCCUGCAGUUACAUAUUUUUCUCUCUCUUAUGGUGAAGAAUUUGCAAAACCACUCGGUGUCUGCAAGUUUUUAAUGUGAUAUUUCAUCUGCCUAUUUUGGACCACAAUAAAUGUCCUAAAAGAUGGAUAUGCAAAGCUUGCUUUGACAUUACAAAUAGGUCCUCAAUAAUAGUUAGCCAUGUUUCAUGUUUGCUGUGAGGAAAACUGACACUGGUGGUGUUCACCCUCUUACCAAAGCCAUUUGGGCAAGCAAGGGUGUUUAUGUAUUAUUUGUGCCCCCACAAUUACAGAAUCCCACUCUCAAAAGUCAAAGCCUGGGCAUUGUUCAUAAUUGUUGAGAGUCCCCUCUGUGCCAACUACUGGUGAGCUUGGAGCUGAGCCAGUAAAGAGCUGUGGGUUUUAAGAUACUUUCCAGUCCUGGCUGAAUUUUAGUCUGUGAAUUGGAAUAUAUGUGUUUCUUCCUUACCUGCACAUUUCUGUGAGCAGGGCCAUAAUAUUUUAAAUAGGUGGGAAACCACAAGCAUUAAUGGAGGGGGAGGAGACACAUACUUAUUCCACAGGGCAGGGCUAGGAAACCUGUUGCCUUCCGGAGGUUGCUGGAUUCCCAUUCGCCCCAUCCCCAGCUUGCCUGGUCGGGGGGGGGGGGCCACAGAGGAGCUUCAGCCCCAGGAAGCCGUUAUGGACAAGUCGUUCUGUCCAUCAGUCCUGACAGGUCUAACAUCCACUGUAACGGGGAGUACAGGGGGCAGCCAGUGCUCUAGGAACAGCGAAUAAGUGUUUGGGGCUCCUGCUUCACCUGCUGUCAUAUUUACUGUACCUUGCGUUUUCUUUUAUACCCACAGCUGUUGGUUCUAUACUGGUACUGUGGUUUCUGCUGUUUCCCAGCUUGAUGCUCUGCAGAUGUGGUUGCACUCCAGUUCCCAGCAUCUGGGGCUGGGGCUGAUGGGAGCUGGAGUCUAAAACUAUUUGGAGGGUCCCGGCUGGGGGAGGCUGCACUGUAUGUACUGCCUUCUGUCCUUUGGGCCUUAGCAGUGCCCUGAGUGUCAAGGCCAGCAAUGGGGUAGGAACAAAUAGAUCCAAGGAAAGAAUGUGACUUUCUGUCUGCAAGGGGGUUGCCCCCCAACUUUUUUUUUUUUACCUUGCUCGGUAUUGUGGGAAAUUACUGUGCCUUCUUAUUUGAGCCCCCCACUCUGCCAACUUACUCGUCCUCCUGUCUUUAAGGUAUACCAAGAGCUAGAGAGGCUCCAAUUACUGCUGUGCAAAGAGUCUUUCCCCACUUUGCAACCCCUGAGACAGCUGCAUACUCCACAAGAGGAUUCGUACACCUCCAGGCCUCUCAACCAGCCUGAGGAGAGUGAUGAAAGCCUGGAGGGCAGCCUGAGGCUGCUGAGCUACAGAAGUAUGCCCAGAGGAAAUAUCUCUGUAGGCCAACUAGGUAAGGCACUGCAGGCUGCUUCAGUCCCUCCCCCACGCUUCAGGGAGGAUUGGCCAACUGACUGGACAUGUAUGGGCAAAUAACAAGCAUUUUUCAAGCAUCGUACUUAAUUGAACCAAAUAUUAAGUAACUGUUACAGAACAGUGACAUUCCAAUUCUAAAUUUUCUAUGUUUUUAGCAGUUCUUAUUUUUAUCUGUAAGCUGCUGUGAUAAAUGACAUCAGCUCAUAACCUUGUGCAAACUGAACAGUUCUUCUUUACCAUUUUAUUUUGAGCCCUAGGGCAGGCAUAGGCAAACUCCAGCCCUCCAGAUGUUUGGGACUACAAUUCCCAUCAUCCCUGACCACUGGUCCUGUAAGCUAGUGAUGAUGGGAAUUGUAGUCCCAAAACAUUCCAAGAGUUACAAAUUUGCCUGAAAGGGAUGAAUAAAGCACACACAGCAAUGCUAAGACAAAAGUUAUAUUUAAAUGGGGUUGUGACCAUAGUACAGGAUAGGGGACAGUUGAUUCUAAAGCAGGUGUGCAGAUAAGUGUAUUACACCCAAUUCUGCAAGACUGGAAGGCCCUUCCUCCUUUUUCUUUCUUUCUUUGUUGGUUUCUUGCUUUCAGAUGUAGAAAUCAUAAAAUUAAACAGAUGGCCCACUACCUGCAAAAGUGCAUUCUUGACUUGGUAGAAUGUUUGAGGGAAACUGUUUUGCAUGCAGGAGGUCCCAGGUGCAAUCUAGGGCAUCUCCAGGUGGGCCUGACAGAGGCUCCUAUUUGAAACCCUGAAGAGCCAUUUCCCAUCAAUGAAGAUGUGAUAAAAAGCAGAUUCUAAUGUAGCCUGAAGAGUGUUCCUCUUAGUUGCAUCUGAAGAACUAUGGCAUGUUCGGCUACCCUCUUUGAAACCUGUUAACAUGCUUCUUUUUUGACAUCUCUUUCCCCUACCCUUCCACAUUUCAGACCAGAUUUUUCUGUGGUAUCACCACCAACUAGAAUUUGACAAUUCCUGCCCUGUUCUUGAUUUUAACUUCAUUAGUCUAUUUCUCUCUUUUUUAAAAAAAAUAACUUUCUUUCAAUACAAGAUUCUUAAGACAGCUUCCACCACCAAGUUAAAAUAACAGCAAAAUAGCAGACACACCUAACAACAAAGAAUCAUAGAGUUGCAGCGUCAUCUAGUCCAACCCUCUGCAAUGUAGGAACCUCAAUUGAAGCAUCCAUGACAGAUGGCCAUUCAACUUCUGCCUAAAAACUUAAAAGGAAGGAGAGUCCACCAGCUCCUGGGGGAGUCUGUUCCACUGCCAGAAAGGGAGUCUGUUGAACAGUGUCAGAAAGUUCUUCCUGAUAUUAAGCCAAAAUCUCCUUUCUUGUAACUUGAAGCCAUUGGUUCAAGUCCUAUCCUUCAGAGCAGGAGAAGACAAGCUUGCUCCAUUUUCCAUGUGACAGCCCUUGAAAUAUUUGAAGAUGGCUAUCAUCUCUUUUUUUUCCAGGUUAAACCUACCCUGCAUCUUCAACCAUUCCUUCUAACCAUUCAUGGUUUCCAGACCCUUGAUCAUCUUGGUUGCCCUCCUCUGCACACAUUCCAGCUUGUCAACAUCCUUCUUAAAUUGUGGCACACAGAACUGGACACAGUAUUCCAGGUGUGGUCUGACCAAGGCAGAAUAGAGUGGUACCAUGACUUUCCUUGAUCUGGACAUCCUACUUAUAUUGAUGCAGCCUAGCAUAGCUUUUGCUUUUUUGCAGCUGCAUCACACUGUUGACUCUUGUUAAGCUUGUGGUCCACUAAGACCCCUAGAUUCUUUUCACGUGUACUACUAGUAAGCCAUGUGUCCCUCAUCUUACAUUUGUGCAGCUGGAUCUUUCUGCCUAAGUGCAGAACAUUAUAUUUAUCCAUAUUGAAAUUCCUUUUGUUAGUUUUGGUCCUUUACCCAAUCUGUUAAGGUAAUCUUGAACUCUGUUUCUGUCUUUUGCAGCAUUAGCUACCCCUCCCAGUUUGGUGUCAUUUGCAAAUUUGAUUAACAUCCCUUCAAUUCCUUCAUCUAAAUCAUUUAUAAAGAUGUUGAGUAACAAUGGACCUAGGAUAGAACCCCGCUUGUAACUUUUUUCCAGGAUGACAAGGAACCCUUAAUGAGUACUCUUUGGGUUUGGUCAGUCAACCAGCUACAAAUCCACCUGACAGCUACCUUGUUCAACCCACAUUUUACCAGCUUCCUCACAAGAAUAUUGUGGGGGAUUUUGUCAAAAGCCUUAUUGAAAUCAAGGUAGACUACGUCUGCAGCAUUCCCCUGAUUCACCAUGCUUGUAACUCUUAACAGUAAAAGAAAGAAGAUUUGUCUGGCAUGACUUGUUUUUGAUAAACCCCAUGCUCAGUCUAAGUAAUUACAGCAUCCUUUUCUAAGUGCUCACAGACCAGCCAUUUAAUUAAUCUAUUCUAGGACCUUUCCUGGUAUUGAUGUCAUACUCACUGGUCAGUAGUUACUUGGAUCAUCUUUUUUCUCCUUUUUGAAGAUGGGGUCAACAUUUUCCCACCUCCAGACUGCAGGGACCUCACCUGCUCUCCAAGAAUUCUCAAAGAUUAUAGACAGAGGCUCUGAGAUAAUAUCCGCAAGCUCCUUUAGUAUCCUUGGGUGCAGCUCAUCAGGCCUAACAGAUUUGAAUUCAUUUCAUGAAGCUAGGUGUUCUCUUACCACCUCUUUUCCUAUCUUUGUCUGCAGUUCCCUCCUUACAUCACUUAUUAUGUUAUCACCAGAUUGGGCACUGCUUUCCUUUUGGGUGAAGAUGGAGACAAAGUAGGUGUUGAGUAGGUCUGUCUUCUCUGUGUCACCCAAUAGCACCCAAUAGAGGACUUCAUGCAGAGGACCCCUUACUUGCUUGCUCUUCCUCUUGCUUCAAGGACAGCCAAAGAAACAUUUUAUUUUUAUUAUUUUUAGCCUGUCUUGCAAGCCUAAGCUGAUUCUGAGCUUUAGCCCAUCUGACCUCCCUGCUGUUGGCUACUCUUGGCUGCUUCUGUAUACUUCUCCUUUGUAAUUUCCCCUUUCUUCCAUUUCUUAUACAUGCCCUGCUUAACUCUCAGCUCAUGUCCCUUAUGUAGCCACACUGGUUCUAUAGAUGCCUCCCACUUUUCUUUCUUGUUGGAACUGUCUGCAUUUGGGCUUUCAACAUUUCACCUUUAAGAAACUGCCAUCCAUCAUGGACUCCCUUCUCUUUACUUGAGUUUAAAAGCAGCAGUAAAACCAUAGGCAUCUUUUUAAAAAUCCUGGGAAAAUGAAACUCUUCAAUUAGCAUUAGUCAGCACCAGCUAAACAGAUAAGUAAGGGAGUCCCAUAAAUGUGGUAACACUACUUAGAAGACCUUUGCCUUGGCAAGAACUGCCUCCCAUCAGGAGGUGGAGGCACCCAGAGUUGGGCCUCUGAUGAUGGUCUUAACAUCUGGGCCAGUUGUCACUCAGUGCUUGGCUCCUUUCUCUCUGCAGGCGACUCUGCCCCUCAGAUCGUCAUCAACCCAGCAAGGAGGCGUAUGAUGGAACGGCUGGCACUCUACCGCGACGGAGAGCUUAGCAGCCUGGGUGUGCUUGCUUCUACAGCGUCAGGGGAAGGUAACCUUCCCGCUGCUGCUUCUGCAGAUGGAGGGUGGCACUAGUCAGUCUCCCAAAUGACCCUGUUGGGUUAGGUAGAGACUUGUUCAAAAAGGCAGAUCAGAUCAAUUCAUCAUCUCCCCUCCGUCUCAUCCCACCCACUAGUACUCUGUGCAUAUUUUUGCACCUGCCUCUUGUCCUCCAUAAUAGAAUGAAAAGUCUUAAGCAGGUGUUGAGCUCUCUUUGUUGAACAUAUGUGUGGUGCAAGGGCACUCUUGCCUGAGCCAUGCGCACUGGAUGUCAUGUUUGUGUAGGGACAUGUGUGCAUAGAAUCUGAAACAGACAGGAUUGAAUCCAGACAUAAUCCUACAUAGAAGAGACCCAUUGAAAUCUAGCCCUCAUGAGAGUAGAGAUUACAAAACCCACCUUGUUCAAAGUCUGCUGUUUGUAUCCAGGAUGGCUUGCAGCCCCUUUCUCAAGGCCUCCAGUCCUAUCUGCCUCCCCUUAGCUGCUUCUGCUCUUCAUUAUCUCUUCUCCCUCCCCCGUGUCCCCACCUGCAGCUGAACUAUGCCUUGUCAAAAAUGCCAACCUUUAAAAUCUCAGAUACCUCAAACCAAUCUCUCAAACUGAUUAUAAUAUGUCAAGCAGUAUUUAUUUAUUUUUACUAUUGACAUAUUUUUUCUUUGUAGAAUUUAGGUUCCCCACAGAUGCUAGGAUAGGUGAAUAACGAGGCUAGAAGGCUAAUAUAAUAUAGCCAACUGCACUUGAGAGUGGAGCAAAUCACAAGAGGGCUUCAGGGUGAGAUUGCAUUUUUCUGAGGGUGGGGGGCACCAAAAAAGAAAAUCUUCUGGGUCAAGUACCCUCAGGCUUGACUUCUCUUUUCUCACAGAAACAGAUCAAGAACUGCCUCCUUCUUUGAUAGAGGACACACACACACUUACUUCUUCCCAGACUGUAGUUUUGGGCCACACAAAGCCAAUGUUUCAUGUGGUCUCAGCCACCCUGGGCUUUGCCAUGCCUUCCUGUUGUGGACCAGGAAGUUUCUUUUUUAUUUUAGAAGGGUUGGGCUCUGCAUCUCGGCCUGCAUUUCAUGUGAAGAUGAGAAGAGUUAAUGUGGCCGAGGAGGGCAGGAAGGGGGUGUCUGCCCCCCACUAAGUCACCUCCUCCGCUACCUGGUUUGGGAAGCGUAUUGCGUAGUGAGGUUCUAUACGGUUUAGUCAUUGUAACUAAUGGUUACUAAAAUAGUGGUCCUUCAUAAAUUUGUUUAAUCCCCCUUUAAAAGCCAUCAUCACAUCUUGUGGCAGAGACGUCUAUAAAACGUGUAUUAUGUAGAAAAAGUACCUUUUUUAUCAUUGGUAUCUCUAAUCUAACCUAGUGCUGUUUGCUAUGCCUGGCAGUGUUCCUGCCCUCCUCCCUCAGAUCCUGUAAUUCAGAGGUGCCCAGAGGGGGUCCUGUGGCUCUUCAGGUGUUGCUGGACUUUCAUCAUCCCUGGCCACUGGCACUGCUUGCUGGGACUGAUGGGAGUUGUAGUCAACAACAUACAAUCUCAUUUUAUCUGUAAGCUGCCUUGAAUCCCUGUCAGUGAAAAAGGCAGGGCAUAAAUGUAUAUAUAAUAAUAAUAAUAAUAAUAAUUGUGGGGUGGUGAACUGGAGAUGCUGGAGAUUGAAUGUGAAAAUUCAUACAUGCAAAGCAAUAUUACUCUACCACUGAAUGGGGGGCCCCAAUUUUUUUCUAAGGGUGUGGGCCCUUUUGCCUCCCAUAGCAUGAGGACUGAGAAAUCAACCCAGAACCCCUUGGCACUUACAGCAAGAAUCAUGCAUGUAAGGCAGUUCCAUGGAGCAUAGCCAAGGCCAGACGAAUUCCUCCCACCCCAUUACAAUUUCUGUGUUCUAGCUUUAGAGGGUAGGUGCCAAACACACUGUGCUGGCAGUGACCUGAGGGAUCAUGUACGCUUUAAAGGAUCUCUAAUGAAUUCUAUUCCCUCCUCCAGAUCACCUUGCAGAACCCCCUCGUGAGCCCGAAGAGAGUGAUGAAUUUGAGUGAUGAACUUGAGUGACAUGGAAGGAUUAAAGUUCUCACAGCGCUGACGGCACUUUGCGUUUUACAGGGUCCCACCAUCCUUGGGGGGGGGGCACAUUCCUUAGCUGGUACUGCCAACCCUGUGGCACCCAGGGGUUCUGGUGGAAUACGGCAUCAAGUUAACAACACAGCUCAAGCGGGGGGUGGCAGGGGCAAUGGAGUCUAUUUGAGUAGAAGAUUAAAGUUUCUACCCCAAAACUGGAAGGGCAGUAGGAGGAGGGGAUUUGUGUAGAUUUUUACCCCUAUGACCCUCCCUGCAAACGUCUCCGCACUACGUACUCCUUUUUCUUGAAGACAGUAAAUAAAACAUUUUAUAUAUUUGUAACCUGUCUGUAUCCUUUUGGCUUACAAAUUUGUACUUGGUACUGACAGAGGUCUGUUUUUUGUUUUGCUAGAUUUAUGUGGUAUUAGGCUGAACAGCCAGCCUCUUAGGAUAUGGCAGUUUGUGACAAGGGAGAAGGAGAAAAACCAUUUUAUUUUCCAUGUUCCCAGUAUGCUGUGAAUUCUGCCUGCCUUCCUCUUCCUCCUUUUCCAGGAUGAGAAGAUGAGACAGUCACAAAGGAAGAAGAUGGAAGCCAAAGUCCCAAAUAGGAUGGUCAGACAGUUGCUUAUUCGCUCUUUCUGACCCUUUUAAAGUGUGUCAAAGCAAGGGUAAAGAGGUGUCUGUAGGUGCUGCAGGUGGCCAGAGUCAUGAUUAAGAGUUGCUUGUAUUUCCCCUGGUCUCUCUGCAUGCAGAGCUGGCAGUGGAGCAGUCAGUUGUAGCACCAGCAAGCUGCCCAACUGAAUCUGCAUGGUGGGCUGGCAUGCUGAAACAUUUUGCUGCCUGAAUCAGAAAAGCCAAAACAGUAUUGUUUAUGGAGAAGCUCAAGUGAGAGAAAAAUAAUGUGGAGCAAUGAUCUUUUAAUCCCCCCCCCUCAUUCACCUGUGUGAAAGCAGGCUGAGGGUGGCACAAACUUAGGCCAGAGGUUAAAUUCUGGUGCCUGGCAGCCCUUUGAGACCAUCACCUCCCUGAUACUCCAUCACAGCUUUUCAAAUCAACAGCACACCUUCCUGAUGGUACUAUGUGUGUAUGUACGUACACACACACAUUAUCUCUCUGUGUGUAUAUGUAGAGAGAGGUGUGAAGUUGGGUGUUUUAAUAAGUGCCUCAUUGCCUGCCCUGACACUCUGUGGAGGUUGGUCCAUGGGGGCAAAUAGGGCUCUGGCCCAGCAACUUCAGCCUUCGAUUCCUCCAAGCCCACCUGCCUUUACUUGCAAUCAGUCUAGAGGGUGUUUCUGGCUGCCACCUUCCUCCUUGGUCUCAGUGCUGCCCUUGUAGAACUAGCAGGCUGGCGCUAGAAUCAAUGGACUCUGUUUCUACCUACUGCUUACUUAUCUCCCUGUCUUCUGCCCUGCCAGUCCCAGUGGACACCAGCCUCCGCAGCUGAGACCUUUCUACUUGGGCAGGAAAUAAACAGAACAAGCAACACUGUAGAAAGAAGUCCUUACCAACACCCCUGCCGGCCCUCUUGCACAUGAAGAGAGGCUGGAGAAGUUUCUGUGUGCAGCUUUUUAUUUCAGAUCCAGCAAUUUAAAACCCCUCUGCCAUUGCAGCCAUGGCUAAUGUUAUGUACUUUGACUGUUAAGUUUAUUUAAAAAUUGGCAUGUGACGAUUGUGGACUAAUUCACUGAGACCAGAGCUGGCGCCUGCUCAGCUGGGUAAAAAAGCAGAAGGCAAAAUGGAACUGCAGCACAUCGCAGAUCUUGGACCAAAAGUGACCAGUAAGCCGGCGGAAAGGUGCCCAUUGUGCCAGCUCCUGGUCCCACAGCUUGAGGCUUACAAAGCCCAGGCAAGAGACCAAUCCUAGCACCAGGAUCCAAGCUGACCGGGCAUUACCCAAAUGUCUCUGCGCCUUCAGUGCUCUCCAAACAAUUAUAAAUAUAUGUCCACUCAAUGCCAGCUCAAAGCCUUGGGGGUGAAGCAAUGCCAGAACAUAGCUCGUCAGUGAAGCUGCUUCCAUGGCCAGGAAAGUGCCUGGCUGCCACCCGUGCUCCAGAAAGUGACAGCAGACAACACCCCAAGCAAAAAUUGGCAAUGUCAACCACUGAUCUAAGACAGCUGCCCAGUGAUGCUGUGUCCAGAGUCGCACCCAUUGUACAGGCCCAUAUGCAAGCGCCAUAAGGGCAAAGACCUCCUGGAGGUAGCAUGCCUGACCUCUCUCGUCACCUGAAGGCAGCCAGUGCCAGCCCAGAAAGAUGUAGGCCAAGUUGACUAAACAAUUGGCAGGCAUAGCCAGUACGGGAGGCAAUCCUGACACAGUUGGUUCAGCAUAGUACUCGUACCCAACUUCCGUGUGAACACCGUCAAAGACUCCUGAAGCCACAAGUCCCACACACAGCAGGAGACCUCCAGACACCAGCAAGAGUGGUUCUCUGCCUCCUGGUUUCCUCACAGUCCUUUCCAAAGUUCUGGAGGGUUCUUCCUGAAUGACGGCCGAACUGCUCCUGCAGCAACUGUUCUGCUGUAACAUGUUGCUUGCUUUGGCAAAAGCCUCCCAAAUGCAAUUCACAGGUGGUGCGAGGCAGGCUUCCGAGCCUGGUGUUUUCCUAUCCCAGUGUGGACUUUGAUUCUCCUUCCCCUACUAACAGCACAGAAAAGGCGGAGUGAAUGGGCAUUCAUGACCAAGAGGGACAGCUGUGCUCUUAUCUGGCAAGUUUAAUGUAUUAUUGGCCUUUUCUCUUCUUCACUCCACCCCUCCCCUUUCCCCCCAGAGCAGAGAUUGGUGCCUGUGUAGAACUACUUACAUGCAUAGGCCCUGUCGGUUUCCUUGGCAGCCGCUCCAGUCACGCUGCUUCCAGUGAAUGUGGUUAUGAAACAGCUGCAGCGGCAGGAUUGGCUGCUGGUGACAUCACGGCACAGCGGGGGUGAGGUUGCUUCCUUCCCAAGGUCUUGUGUUUUGUAACCAUGGGGACAGCAGCUGCCAGCCUCUAGGUGGUCCCUUGGGUUAGGCCUGCAAGACAUCCUGUAGCUGGAUCUUUACUGCAGAGGCUUUGCUCCCAGUGCCUUUAAAAGAACCUCUACAGGACCCGUGUCAGUUCUUCAAAAACGACAUAAUACAAAACAACCCACCACACAAGAAGUACCGAGUCUAAAUAUCAUUCAGGAAGUGUUUGGUUAUCAAGUUUCUUUGGAUAUGAGGGCAGUAUUAAUGAGGAAUGUUAUUUAUUAUAUUUAUAGCUUACCUUUCCGCUAAGAAGCUAAAGGCAGUUUGCAUUUUAUCCUUGCAACAGCCCCAUGAAGCAGGUUAGGUACAGGAAGAAGGUGGCUGGCCUAGAGUCGCCCAGGCAGCUUCAGGGCUGAGAGCAGCAAUUCGAACCAGGGCAAGUGGCUCCCUAACAUUUUCUCCCCUGGACCUCUGAAAAACUGCUGAGGGUCUUAAUGAUUUUUCUGUAGCAACAGUAAUGCGCUUUGCUAGAUGCUGCAUGGUUUUUAAUUCUGUUUUCGUUGCUUCUUUUACUUCUUAUGUACAGUGUUCUAUUUAUUCUAUUCCACAGAAGUCAAAUUGUAGUGCAAUAAAAUAAGAAAUAAAAGCAAUAAAAAUGCAAUUUAAACUCAU